CCUUGUGAGCCGCCUCCCGGGAUUUCUCUCUUUUCCCUCUUUUUGAGAGAACUCGUUAAAUAAUACCCUCAUUAAUUAUUCAACGUCGCGAUCGUUUACUCCCCCUCGAAUACCUCUCGACCCUCACACUCCUUUCGGCGAACUCGGGGAAUGGUCUGAUCAGACCAAGAGCGAGGGCACACGCGAUCGCUGUGUUUGCUUUGGCCUGUCUUGUCUCCUUGGGCACCAAACAAAGUGUCGUCUCAUCGCGUACAGAUACCAAAGUGGCUGCUGAAUCGCUCCUACAAAACACGCAGAAUUCCGCACUUUCGGUGCACCAGGCCUUCUUACAUCAUCCACAUUUCCAACUCCUCAGCACCCUCGUGCUUGCCGCGGCCACCACCACUCAAUCCCUCCACACACAAAUCUCAGGAUGAGCAGCGCAGCUCACACGUCCAUGUCUUCCGCCGGCCAAGCAGUUCCUCUCACGGCACAUUCACACCCUGACAAUCCCAUACCGGAAGAUCCUUCGCGGACGCGGAAAUUGUCGACGAGCACGUCACAAUUCAGUCAAUCACCUAUUUCGAGGAUCACAACCACGGGCACUUACUCCGACAACGAUGCCUCUAGUAUAGACACAACCCCCACCACCCCCACCGAGAACUCGUCCGACGAUUCCUUCGACGAACAACAACGGCACGGCCAGACAUUCCUAAAGACUCAAUCUCCUAGGAAGAGAAGAGCUUCGACCGUGUUGGUUUCGGAAGAUUCCGAAGAUGCAAGGCGAUUUCUGGGACAAGCGGGCACUGCCACUGCCAUGGUGCAGAAGGCGUGCUGCGGCGGAGGUUGCUGUAUGCUGCAAGAGCUGACGGCCAAGGGGAUCCCCGGAGGUGCCCGACCCAUCCGAGAGCCCGACAAUGAUGCGUACCGAAGUCUGAAGCUGAAGCUGGGUGCGCUGAGUAUGGACAGUGAGUUGACUGGAAUCGUCGAAAUGCCCACCAGGACAGUCUCCUUGGAGCCACUCUCUACCUCUACAAAUGCAACAUACGCCCAACCACCGCAACGAAAGACCACCGAAGUCCUCAAGCACCCCCCCAAUUUCGUCACCCCCCACCCUCCUUACCAAGUUUACUCCGCCCCUCUCUUCCACGCGCGCGAAUUGACAAAAUCCGGUGCCGAGAAAAGAACAUACCAUUUCGAUAUCGACGUGACAGAUUACCCUGUCGAAGGUGGCGACGUUGAUUUUGUCGUAGGAGGUGCCAUCGGUGUGUGCGCGCCGAACUCUCCCCAGAUGGUGGAAAAGAUUUUCAGUACGUUGGGCGUACCGAGCUUCGUGCGGGACAAACCGAUAUUGCUAAAGACCACCUCAGGACGGUGGCCAACAAUCUGGGGCGACGAUGCUCCGAGGGAGCUGGUCACGACGAGAAGAGAACUAUUGACGUGGUGUUCCGACAUUCAAAGCUAUGCGCCGACGAAACAAUUGUUCCGCCUGUUGGGAGAAUAUGCAGGAGAUGAGCACGAGAAGAUGAUCCUGAUGUAUUUGUCUUCGGCGCAGGGUCAGGGCACAUUCUGUGACCUCCGAACGGGACCAUACACGACCAUUCCACAAGUCCUAGACGCUUUCCCGUCUUCUAGGCCACCGCUCGAUUACCUUCUUUCCGUCCUCAACCAGCUCAUGCCACGAUUUUAUUCACUUUCCCAAGAUCCCAUGGUCUCUUGUCAACGAGACGGCACGGAAUGCCGACGACUUAUUGAAAUUGCCGUGUCGGUUCACGAAGCCGAAGACUACCUUACGGGCACGAGGACGGGUGUGUCGUCUGGGUUCUUGGAAAGACUAGCCCAGCAGGUCAUCCAGGCCGAAAAGGAGGGCAAAGACAUCAAGGACCUCGACCUCAGAAUCCCCAUGUUCCGUGGAUUGAUGGCCAACCCGCUGGCCCGCGAGUUCGUCAGCGACGGACCCAUGCUGUUGAUCGGUGCCGGGGUGGGCGUCGCCCCAUUCAGAGGCUUUGUUCACCGACGAUUGAAGUCUGCCAACUGCGCCAACAAGGUGUGGGUUUUGCAGGGCAUUCGGGACAGUCUACUCGAUGAGCUCUAUUCGGGUGACUGGGGCGUGCACGAAGACAAGGUCAAGAAAGUGGUCCAGUCUCGUCGCGGCGAAGGACGAUAUGUCCAAGAAGAGGUCCGGCACCAAGCUGAUUUGGUUUGGUUCAUCAUCAACGCCCUCGACGGACGUAUCUUUGUCUGUGGAAGUUCCAAGGGCAUGGGUGAAGGCGUCGAGGCCGCACUCGUCGAUGUCGCCAUGGCCAAGGGCAAGUUGAACCUCGACGAGGCCAAAAGUUUCUGGGCCGAGAAGAAGGCUUCUGGUCAAUAUAUUGCAGAGACUUGGUAGGCAGAGACCUGUCCCGUAAGACUCAAUGUGUUAGCCGGAUCUUUCUGCAUUGUCGGUUGCGAAAGUUCGUGUUUGAAAACAGAGCCAACUGUUAGGUGAAAAAAGAAAGAGCACAGAAAGCAAGAGAGAAAACCCGAAGCGUUUGAAUUCUCGCAUUGCAUUGUUGGCCGUGGUCAAAAAUGACUUUGUCUCCUUUGUGCUUUUUUAGUAUACAUAUACAUGGGAGAUGUACAUUCUGCCCAUACAGUGCUUGCUCUGCGACUUUUGAUUUUUGAGUUUUCCUCUCUUAUCUACAUACCCUACCUUAAUAAGGUACGACAUGUAGUGAGUGGCAUGGCGUGGCAUGGCGGCGGCGUUUUCUUUAUUAGAGGGCAAAAGAAAAAAAGAGAUCACGGGUGGUUUACAAGGCAACUUGAUAUUUGUGUGUGCUGUCUUCUUUUUUGGCGUGGCAUGGCAAAGGUUGUCCAACAUUUCCCGAGAUAUUGAACCAGGGUCGGUCUUUGUGUGUUUUGUUUCUUUGUCAUUGUACAUACUUGACGACCAUCUUCACAAGUACAUACUUUACAUGUGCAAUAUAUAAACAUUUAGGUAUCAACAAAGAAAACACCUGAGAAUCG